AUGGCCAAUAUUAUGGCAAACCUAAAGACUUUCCAGCCAGAUUAUGGGAUUGGGACGAAUGAGCCACUGUUUCAUCUGAGGUCUUGUGCCAAAGGAUUGAUGGUGAAUGCUUGUGCCCAUGCACUUUUCUUCUGCAAAUUACUCAAUGCCACCAAACAGAAAGAAGAGAAUUAUGGGGAUGUACCCGCUGGUUCCCAGGCUCCUAAGGAUAAUCAAAGACUGAACAUUGGGAUUAUUGGUGGAGGCCAUCUUGGGAAACAACUAGCCCAAACAUUGUUAUAUUUGGGUGCCAUUUCAGGAAAGAACAUCCAGAUCUCCACAAGACGGCCAGAAACUCUAUUAGAAUUCCACAAGCUGGGAGUUGAAUGUGUCUAUAACAACAAGCAGCUGGUAGGCUGGGCAGAUGUUGCUUUUCUCUGCUGUCUUCCAUGUCAUAUUCCACAUAUAUGUUCCGAAAUUCAAGGUUCUCUCAAAAACUCUUGUAUUAUAUACAGCCUGGUCACAGCAAUCCCUUUGACUAGGUUGAAGCAACUUAUUUGCUCCUCUUCAAUCUUGAGGCCACAGUACAAGUGCUCUGAGAACAGCUCUUUUUGUAUGUGGGAGGCUAACAGGACAGUUCUGGAAGCCCUCAAGGAUAAAGCAGUUAUCCAGGAGACAUGUCCUUGCAACUCCAAGAGCGAAAUAACUGUCGACAUGAAGUGGCUGGCAGCUGUAUUUUAUACAGCUUUAAAUAGCUAUACCCAACAACGUUUAUCCUAUACAAGGGCUCUGGUAUUGCUCAAUCAAAUAUGUUUUUGUGAAGACAAUGCCACCACCUCAUCUCCAUUUCUAGUUUGUGAACAUUUUACCAACCCAGCCUUUGCUUCCACCUUGGCUGCUGCUGAUUCCUUCCCCUGGUUUGAUAUAACAACUGUACAGCUAAAAGACUCACCUCUUAGCCAGCUUCUUGAAACAAAUACAUCUCUUCAAGAAAUCAUUGCUUCAUGUUACUUUAACAUGCUAACAGCAUUGGCCAUGAAAAAUAAAGAUUUGACGACGUCUAUGACUAAAAAGACACCUCUAUCUGCAGUGCUGUUGAAACCCACUAAAUCACUGAUUUUUCAAAUUGAUGAAAUUUCCGCAAAGAAAACAGAAGAGGCAUCUAGUACUGAUUCUGAAGACUUAUAA